GUGCUCCAUAAAUUGAAAUGUUAGAUUUCAUAAUCGUAUUCUUGGCCAUGUACUUGAAUCAUGAUCCUAUCUUGUUCCAAUUACUGUAUGGGCCGCUUGCUAGUGAAUCAUGGCUUAUCAGCUUUCUUGAAUAGCCACUAAACACCGCUGUGUAGCAUCCAUCUGUAUAUAAACAUCCCUUGAGAACAUGAUUCAUCAUUAUCGUGAAACGUUCAACUACCUUAGCAGAACAUCAAACAGACACCUUCUUGAAGCUUCAUUUCUCACCAAAAUGUCACUUUUCAAAAGAGUCAUAGAAAACUAUGAUGAAGAAGUUGCAUCUCUAGUGCCAGCAGAUAUGGCUUAUGUUGCCGUGGCCACUGUUAUGAUCUUGGUUAUUACUCCAGGUAUUGCACUAUUCUAUGGUGGUAUGUUACGUGGUAAGAAUUUCAUGACUUUAAUUAUACAAUCAUAUAUGGUUACCUCUUUGAUCACUAUUCAGUUUUAUUUAUUUGGGUUUUCUUUAGCUUGUUCAACAACUUCUUCAAGUGUUAUUAUGGGUAAUUUUACUUUCGGUGCUUUGAAAAAUGUUAGUGCAGGACCUUUAGCUGAAGGCGGAACAAUUCCAGCUAUUUUAACAUUCACAUUUAAUGCAAUCUUUGCAGUUUGUACUGUCCAAAUUUUCCUUGGUGCUAUCUCAGAAAGAGGUAGAUUAUUACCUUCUUUAGUCCUUGGUUUUGUUUGGUGUACAUUAUGUUAUUGUCCAUUUGCCUAUUGGACUUGGUCAGCAAAUGGUUGGUUGUAUAAGUUAGGAAGUUUGGACUUUGCAGGUGGUGGUCCAGUCCAUGUUAGUAGUGGUACUGCCUCUUUAGCUUAUUCAUUCUUUUUAGGUAGAAGAAAAGGUUGGAUUGACGGUAAACCACCAAAAUUCAAACCAUAUUCACCAGUCUUGUCAUUCAUUGGUUCUUUAUUGAUUUAUUUCCCAUGGUUAUUCUUCAACAGUGGAACUUUAACCACAAUCACCACACCAAGAACUUUAUACAUUCUAACAAAUACUCACUUGGCUGCCUCUUUUGCAAUGGCAACUUUUGUCUUUUAUGAUUAUGCUGUGACAAAGAAAUGGUCAAUUCAAGCUGCCGCUGAAGGUUUAAUUGUGGGUCUUGUUUUCGCUACUCCAGCAUGUGGAUGGCUUGCACCAUGGGCUAUUGUGGUUGGCUCUAUCUUCACAGCACUUGUUUGUCGUUCAACUUACAAUAUUCAUGCUUGGAUGGGUAUUGAUGAUACUUCACACUCAUUCAAUGUCCAUGCUUUAGGUGGUGUCUUGGGUUCACUUUGUACUGGUGUCUUUGCAUCCCCAAACAUUGCAGCAAUGGACGGUGUCACUGAAAUUGAAGGUGGUUGGAUCUUUCACCAUUGGAAACAAGUGGGUUACCAAUUAGCUGGUGAUGCUGCCAUUAUUUCUUGGACUUUUAUCAUGACAUAUGCUCUAUGUUUCAUCAUUGAUAAGAUUCCAGGUCUAAAAAUGAGAGUUUCUGAAGAAGCAGAAGAAAUGGGUUUGGAUCUCUAUGAGAUGGCUGAAACUGCUGAUCCAUUCAUCAAAGGGUUUGAAGAUAACUCCCAUGUCGAAUAUUUGACUGGAGAGCAAGCUGGUUCUUCUAAUUCAAACUUGAGUAACAACAUUGAGCUUGGUGAUGUCAAGCGUCCAGUUCCAGCUGAGGUUUAAGAGCUGUGCUCCUUCUUUGUAUUUUGUGUUUAGCUUAAUAU